CAUACCAGAAUACAAAAAUGCUCGCAGCAACAUGUCUACUCACUGCUUCAGGCUUAAUGAACACCCACAACUGUUUGAUUGUGGCCCCCCUGUCCACACACAGGGUGAUCACCUGUGAUGACAACAAAAACGUCCAGCGCCUCAGCUGUGCGGACGGACUGAUUGGUGUGGAGACAGCUCUGUAUGGACGUUCAGACAGCGAGACCUGCAGUGAGAGCAAACCUGCAGAACAGCUGGCCGAUACACAGUGCUCUCAGGAGGGCACUGUGGACGUCCUCAAGUCAAGAUGUGAUGGCAAGAAAGUUUGCGAAUACAACAUGGCUGUCGUCCGUACCUCUGAUCCCUGCGUUGGCAUCUACAAAUACCUGGACACCACCUACUCCUGCUUUCCAGCUGUCAAAACUGUGACAUGUGAGAACUCUUUGGCCAACCUGCAGUGUGAUCAAGGGAAGGUUAUUUUUGUGUACAACGCUAAUUAUGGACGCAUGGACAAGACCACCUGCUCUUAUGAACGUCCUGCCUCUCAGGUCCAAAAUGUCAUGUGCUCCGGUCCCACUGACGAAGUGGCUGACAGCUGUAACGAGAAAAACAGCUGCUCUAUCAGAGCAAGCAACUCAGUGUUUGGAGACACCUGUUCUGGCACUUACAAGUACCUGGAGGUGAACUACAGAUGUCAAUAUCCUGAAUUAUAACCAGAUCGCUAAAACCAAAAUGACAUCACAGUAUACAUGCUUGGA